UAUAAGAAAAAAAAACUUUGUGAUAAUAAUAAUAAUCGAUCCCUCCCUCGUUGGAAAUCUGAAGAAUUUAUCCGAUCGAAUCGAACAAAAACGCAGACGCGGAAGAGGAGAAUCGCUUGGAGAAUCUCCCGAGUCAAAUCGGAUCAGAAAAAACGGUGAUACGGAGGCUACUUCUAGGGCUCAUGGGCGCCGCGGGCUCCAAACUCGAGAAGGCUCUCGGCGACCAGUUCCCCGAAGGAGAACGCUACUUCGGUUUCGAGAAUUUCGGCAACACUUGCUACUGCAACAGCGUUUUGCAGGCCCUUUAUUUUUGUGUUCCCUUUCGUGAACAAUUACUCGAGUACUAUACCAGUAACAAAAGCGUCGCCGAUGCUGAAGAGAACCUUAUGACUUGCCUGGCAGACUUAUUUUCCCAGAUAAGUUCCCAGAAGAAGAAAACAGGUGUUAUUGCGCCCAAGCGAUUUGUACAGAGGUUGAAGAAACAGAAUGAGCUCUUCCGGAGUUAUAUGCACCAGGAUGCGCAUGAGUUCCUGAAUUAUUUGCUGAAUGAAGUUGUUGACAUACUGGAGAAAGAGGCAAAAUCUACAAAAACCGAACUUGAAACUUCAUCAUCAUCAUCUCCCGAGAAGAUUGCAAAUGGACCGAAAGUUCCUCAGCCAAAUGGUGUUCACAAAGAGCCUAUUGUUACUUGGGUGCACAAUAUAUUUCAGGGCAUACUUACCAACGAGACAAGGUGUCUGCGGUGUGAGACAGUGACGGCAAGAGACGAAACGUUCCUAGACCUAAGCCUUGAUAUCGAACAGAACAGUUCGAUAACUAGCUGUUUGAAAAACUUCAGCUCGACAGAGACGCUUCACGCUGAGGAUAAAUUCUUCUGUGACAAAUGCUGCAGCUUACAAGAAGCACAAAAGAGGAUGAAGAUCAAGAAACCUCCACACAUCUUAGUCAUCCAUCUAAAGCGAUUCAAGUACAUUGAACAGCUAGGCCGCUACAAGAAGCUCUCUUAUCGAGUUGUGUUCCCCUUGGAGCUAAAACUGAGCAACACGGUGGAACCAUAUGCUGACGUCGAGUACUCUCUCUUUGCAGUGGUGGUCCAUGUGGGAAGCGGGCCCAACCAUGGUCAUUACGUUAGCCUUGUGAAAAGCCAUAACCAUUGGCUCUUCUUUGAUGAUGAGAACGUUGAGAUGAUUGAAGAAUCAGCUGUGCAAACAUUCUUUGGAUCGUCUCAGGAGUAUUCAAGCAAUACUGAUCAUGGUUACAUCUUGUUCUAUGAGAGCCUUGGACGAACCAAGUAAAAGCUGAGGAAGAGAAUAUGAGAAAAAAGGACUUUCUUCGUUUUUUUUCUCCUUUAACUAUUUAGUAAUGGUAUAUGUUUGUGACUAUAAAGUCAAUUCAAUUGACAGUUACUUUUUUUUUGUUUGGUUGACUUUCUCUGCGUCUCUCUCUCCCGAAGAUAUUUGGUGAGAGUUUAAAUUGGAAAAGUUGUUAACUGAAAUCUGUAAACUUUGAAAAAACAUGUACAGUUAAUGGCAAA